CUGUACUGGAAACCUUGGCCUUUAAACUCAGGUUCAGUCUCGUUUAUUAGCCUGUUACUCUUCAGUGAACGCUCCAAAACCAUGAUGCACAAUCUGGACACACUCUCUACAACUUUUCCCUGUGGAAGUACACACUUUCUACUCUGCAGCCAGUGAAUACUCAACUUUUCUUCUUUUCUUUUUUUUUUCUUGAGCGUCUUUUAAUCAGUUUACAUUUGUACAUCAUGCGAAGCUUCAGCAGCAGUAGAUGACGUAGAAGUUUGACUCGGUUCGUGAGUUGCCGAAGCUGCUGGAAGGAAAAGUUGUUCCCCCCCGAGCUUCUGUCGGGAUUCCUCCUCCUCACCUGAUCUGCUCACCACACCCUCCCGGCCGGUGCAGAGCCUCUCCGCGGCCCCCAGCGGCGGUCAGGAUGGGCUCCCUGACGUUGACGCUCCUCGGAGCUCUUCCCACUUGGAGAGCUACGAUUUUCCUCUUCAACAUCAUCUCAGCCGCUGUGGCUAAAAGACACGUCGUGUACUGGAAUUCUACAAACACAAGGUUAACGGCAGGAGAUCUGUCCAUCCAGGUGAAUCUGAACGACUACCUGGACAUCUACUGCCCCCACUUCCCCAACAAGGAGACCGUGGGCUCCGGGCAACCGGAGACGCUGGCCCUCUACCUGGUGGGAGAGGCAUCAUUCCAGGGCUGUGUGGAGACCAGGGGGGCUAUCAAGAGAUGGGAGUGUAACACCCCUUACGCUCCAUUUGGACCAGUGCGUUUCUCUGAGAAGAUCCAAAGGUUCACACCCUUCUCGCUGGGGUUUGAGUUUCUGCCAGGGCACCACUACUACUACAGCUCUCUACCCACAGAUGAAGGCCCUCUUCUGCCAUGUAUGAAGUUGCGUGUCACCGUGUGCUGUGAGCCCACAUCUGAGGGUUCAAAACAAAUACAAGACACUGCACCGCAAAGUAAUGCCUGCUCACUGAGGACAGCUUCACUUCCACUCCUCCUCCUCAUCCUCGCCCUCCUCCUGCUGACUACCACCUGAUCUCCUCAUCCGUCCUCACCGCUGACCUCGCUCCUGUUCUCCGGGAGUUAUUACUCAGACGUUCAAGUACACAAUGCAAUCUAAUGCUCAGACAGUGAAUGACACAAUGCAAUCUAUGCUAAGCUAUUGCAAAUGACAGAUAUUACCUUGUGGCUGUUUUUUUUUUUUGUUUUUUUUACCUGUGAAAUUCCAGAAAGAAUCGGGUGUCUUCUCCAAAAUGGGGCCACAGUGACUCAGGGUCUGACGCGCCGAAUCACAGUGAUUCAUUUCUUGUUAUUUUCUUCUCCUACCUGUUGUGUAAGUAGUAGCGCAGAAUAUUACACAUAAAGCUAUAGGCCUAGUCAUAUCCCACUCCUCUGCCAGGAGAACAAUGAGUCUGUCUGGAUUUGUUCCAACAAAGUUUUCUGACUUUUUCAUCCGUGUUUCUCAUUCUAUUUCUCAUUUUCUACUUAUUUAGGUGCAUUUGCUUCUUUUUGAGAAUCUGCCUCCAGUUGAAAAUUGGCCAAAUAAACACAUACUACUGCACUGAGUGGCUCAGGGUGGAGGUCAGUCACUUGGCUGGUGACUUUUUUUCUUUUCCGACAUGCUGUAUAUGGGCAGACAACAAUAACUUAACUCAUUUUACAACUGCCCAAUUUGCAUCAGAGUAUGAUAAAUGUGUUUAAUUUGUAUAACUAAGUAGAUUUUCUGAGGGAAAAAAAAGUGUUUUAGGAGGAAAUGGGGAAUAUUCUGGAAUAGUCAGGCUAGGCUGCUGCGCCCCCUACUGGGAUUAAACUGGUUUAACUGGAAUUGGACUGGGCUGGCCAUACACCCAGGAACUGAAUGCUGGAUUCUGGUGCUGUAUGGUUAUACUGGGACCUGAGACUAAGUUUGUUCCUCUCUGAUUGAACCCACUGUUGUUCUGCCUCCCCACCCCUCUCUCUGCUUUCAGAAUAAAGCGCAUAACAGGGGGGUUUAUGGGUAAACAGAGAGCAUCAGCAUGGUUGAUGCUCCUGUACCAGGUGUACAGAUAUGCACACGAGCUUUUUGUUCCUUUUGUUGUUCUUUUAUACGCAGGAUCCUUUUUUUUUUUUAGGUUUUGCUGUAUAGUUAAUAUAUUCUGCACAAUGAGAUGUAUUAACUAUAUAAUCCAAUGUUUUAGUGAGAACUGAUCUGAUAUUUAAGCUAAAUUCAGGCAAAAAUUACUUUUUUUACAGACACAAACCAUGAUUUAUACUCUGGGUAUAUAUGGAUUUACAGGUUUAUUUUCUAUAUACUUUGCUACAAUGUAGUUUCCAAAGUUAAAGGAUUUGAUGAUGGAAUUCAUUUCCUUUUUUUCCCCAAUUUUUUUUUUUUUUUUUUUAAAAUAGAAAUUACUAAUUGACUGUCAUUGAUUAAGAAACAAUAUCAUAAUGGAUUACAUAUUAAUUUUCCAGAUUUUUUUUAAUUGAAAUUGGAUAUAAUAUAUGUGUGUAUUUUUCAUUGAAAUUAAAUGAAGUUUGUAUAUUUAUAAAGUUACAUGAUUAUUUCUACAGAAAUGUUUGAGAGACAUGAGCUCAGAAAAUAACAGGUUAAUUGUAAAGUUUACUCUGUCGUUAAAAAAAAAAAAAACUACAUUGUUAGCACUUAAUAUAUUUUUUUCCUCAAAUCACACCCGUCAGGCC